AUGCUUCACUCUGCCAUUUAUCGGAUUUUGCGAAUUUUCUUGGUCACCCUUGAUUUCUGGUUCAACACCGAUCAGUCCUCCUUCCCCCCAACCAAAGUCCAAAAGAGCGGUAAGAGCUCGAAAUCCAUUCCGCUUGAGAACCUGACUCCGUCGCCUAGUUAUCAACAAUCCAAAAUGUCAUCUUCUGACAUAACCGAUCUGGAAAGCUGGGAGGUAAUCUACAAAGAGGGGUGCCUUAGUUUCAAGGCUGGUCUAGAGACACAAGCUCAGAUCCUGAGAAAUGACCCGGACGGCCAAGGAGUAGGUCGUAUCAAGAAUGUCCGUAAAGAGCUAAUCUCACUUUCUCAUCAGGCAGAGAGAAUCAAGGAGGCUGCAUUUGAAAUGGUCGACGAGACCCCGGACAGUGUAUAUGUCCGCAACGCAACCCCCGAGUGGCUUUCCUCCCGAUUUGGAGAUCCACAUCUGGAACAAGUAUGUAUUAGCAUGGAAUACAGCUUGGAUCGACUGGCGUUUGAGCUUAGAUCCGACCCGUCAAUGGACCUGUUGGUCGCCGGACAUCUUGAGCAAAUGACCGAUGAUAUUGAAAUGGACUUUCUUUAG